AGAAAGACUCGAAUUUCAGAGAAGACGUCUCUCGAUGGCAGCUCCUUCUAAGCCCUCAUCUGGUUGGAGUCAUGAUGUAUUCCUGAGCUUUAGAGGUGAAGACACUCGCAACACGUUUACUGGCCAUCUCUACAAUGCGUUGGAUGACGCUGGAAUUCAUACUUUCAAGGACGAUGAACGGCUUCGCACAGGGGAGGAGAUUGGCCCAGAGCUAGUAUCUGCUAUCGAGCAAUCGAGAAUCUCGAUCCCCAUCUUCUCGAAGAAUUACGCGUCAAGCAAAUGGUGCCUCAAAGAGCUCGCCAAGAUGAUUGAAUGCAAGAAAACCAUGAAUCAGCUUGUCCUGCCCAUCUUCUACGAUGUUGAUCCCUCGGUCGUCCGUAACCAUACUGGGAGCUAUGCGGAGGCUCUUCGGGUACACAACAAAAGGUUCCAUCAGACGAUCAUAGAUGAAUGGAAAGAGGCUCUGAGAGAGGUUGGGGAUUUGAAGGGAUUGGAGUUGAAGAAAAUCGCUAACGGGCAUGAAGGGACAUUAGUCAAGUUAGUUGUUGCAGAAGUUUCCAGUAAAUUGAGAAAAGACUCCCAGAUUGUUUCUGAUGAGCUAGUUGGAAUCCAAUCUCAUGUUGAAAAAAUGAUGAGCUUAUUAAACAUUACAUCUGAUAAUAUAAAGAUUCUGGGAGUCCGGGGUCUGGGUGGGAUUGGUAAGACAACUAUCGUCAAGGUUAUCUACAAUACAAUCUCUCAUCACUUUGAAGGAUGUAGCUUUCUUGCAAAUGUUCGAGAAACUUCUCAACAUUAUUGGGGACUAGUCAAUUUGCAAAAUCAACUUGUCUCUAAUAUAUUGAAAGGAGCAAGACUCAACAUCACUAAUGUAGAUGAAGGAAUUAAUGUGAUCAGAGAAAGACUUUGCAGGAAAAAAGUUCUUAUUAUUGUUGAUGAUGUGGAUGAAAAUUUUCAAUUAGAUGCAUUAAUCAGGAAGCGCGAUUGGUUUGGUUUGGGAAGUAGGAUUAUAAUCACAACAAGAAAUGGGCAUAUAUUAGCUAAUCGUGAAGUGGAUGAGAUCUACGAACCCAAUGAAAUGGAUGCAAAUCAAUCUCUUCAACUAUUUUCCAGGCAUGCCUUCAGAAGGGACCAACCUCCGGAGGACUAUCUAGAUCUCUCAAAAGAAAUUGUACAGAAUACUGGAGGGCUUCCCUUGGCUCUUGAGGUUAUAGGUUCAUCUUUAUUUGGUAUGAGAAAAUUAGCAUGGCAGGAUACACUGAAGAUGUUGCAAGAUGAUUUUCUUCAUGAUAAAGUUCUGGAAAAGUUGAAAAUAAGUUUUGAUGGCUUAAAGGAUACGGAGAAAGAUAUAUUUCUUGAUAUUGCAUGCUUUUUCAUUGAAAUGGAUAAAAAUAUUGCAUGUUUCAUAUGGCAACAGUGUAACUUUCGCCCUGAAAUAGGAGUUGAGGUUCUUUGCCAAAAGUCUUUGAUAAAGAUUGGUGAAAAUAAUGAACUAAAGAUGCAUGAUCUGCUUAGAGAUCUUGGAAAGGAAAUCAUUCGCCAAGAAAACCUUAAGGUGGCAGGAGGGCGUAGUAGGUUGUGGUCUCACAAGGAAGCCUUGGAUGUAUUGGAUAAACAUACGAUAAAGUUGAAGGGCAGUGUGUUGACUUUGGAGGUAGUUCAAGAAGUCAACGCUGUUUGACGAGUGAAGGAUUUACUAAAAUGACAAAACUCAGGUUACUCCAAGUUGAUUAUGC